AAAAAAGAAACCUAAUACACAUAGGAUCCUAAGAUUAGGAAACAGAACAAAUUAAGAUUUGUAUAUAUAGAGAGCGAGCUCUUUUAUCCCCCCCUGCGUUCAUUCCCAUCGGCCAUACUCAUCUGUGAGACUCAAAAAAUUGAACCACGUACUCAGCCUUUUCAAUUCCUUCAUCGGAAACCACAGACAUAGGAUAGUAUUAUACACGGAUAUAUGGGUUCUCUCCACCACCGGCCGGCUCUCAACUGUGGGUUGAUCAGUUCUUUGGAGAAGGAACUAGACGAAUGGAGAAGGAGAUUACAAGACUCUUUCUCUCAAGAACAUAAUCUUUUGGUAUUUGACAGAUGUGCCGAAAACACUCCCAAAAUUCCAGACAACUACAACGUCGAAUGGAAUCAGUUUGGUGGAGGACCGUACAGUUAUAAUUGUAAUAAUAUUGCAAGAAACCCCAAGCACGAAUACGAGUGCCUCUCGAGACUGAAUGAUUCAAAGGACGUGUUUGUACGCAUGUCUAAAACGCAUGAGGGGUCACUUGAACUUCAAAGACUGAUUAAGAAUGGAAAUCAGAGAGAUAGACAAGAAGUUCUUGAUGGGAUAAUUGGAUGCAUAUUUGAAGUGAUGAUAGAUCCACAUGGCCACCAUCUCUUCCGAAAAAUUCUUGAGUUUUGUGAUUCUAGUCAAUUGGAUACCGUCUUUGUCACCCUGACAUCAUGCAAGGACUUGCUUAUCAACACAUCUCUUGUGAAAUAUGGAUCAAGUGCAGUUCAAAGAUUUAUCAAGAAGCUUAAAAACACCGGGUUGGGACAUUUCGUUGCAAGCAUCCUAUCUAUGAGAUUUGUCGAGCUGAUGAUUAGUGAGCACGGUAGAUUUGUAGUUCAAGAGUGCUUUUACACCUUCGAAGCCAAAGAAAAUGAGGUUUUUUAUUAAACUUAAAACUUCUUAAUUAUUAGUGUCAUACUCGGUACUUUACCUAUUAUACAUUAUGAUUAUAUAUACCUAAAACAAUGCUUGGUGUUGGGGAUGGAACUUAGGAUAUGUUACGAAGUUG